AUGGCCGCGGGCCUCCGCCUCCACCUCUUCCCGCGCCUCCGCGCCUUCGCGGCCUCCUCUCGCCCGCUCUUCGCCGCGCACUCCGGAGCCCUGACCCUGCCCCUGCCCCUGCCCAUGCGCCGCGCCGGCCCGGCCAUGCCCCUCGCCGCCCGCGCGCGCCGCGGCUUAGGCUCCUCCACCGCCGCUGCCCCUCCCGCCGAGGACGAGGACUUUGCCACAGCUGCCGACCUCCGGUUCGAGCCGCCGCUCGAGGUCGUCAAGUACCCCGACCCCAUCCUGCGCGCGCGCAACAAGCGCAUCAACACCUUCGACGCCAACCUCCGCGCCCUAGCCGACGAGAUGUUCGACGUUAUGUACAAGACUGAUGGCAUUGGCCUCUCAGCACCACAAGUUGGAGUGAAUGUGCAGCUUAUGGUGUUCAAUCCAGCUGGGGUGAAGGGUGAAGGAGAGGAGAUUGUCCUUGUCAACCCAGUGGUAUACAAGUCUGGGAAACGAUCGCUUGUGUUCGAAGAAGGGUGCUUAUCAUUUCCUGGAAUAUAUGCCAAUGUGGUGAGACCAGAAAGUGUGAAAAUUGAAGCUCAAGAUGUUACAGGGGCAAAGAUCAAAGUAAAAUUAUCUGGUCUACCUGCAAGAGUUUUCCAGCAUGAGUUUGAUCAUUUGCUGGGGAUUCUUUUCUUUGAUAGAAUGACAAUGGAUGUUCUUGAGACCGUACGUGAGGAACUGAAGAACCUAGAGAAGAAAUACGAGGAAAGGACAGGACUAACGAGUCCUGAAACUGUUGAUAACUAUCAGGGUACAAAGGAUGUCUUUAGUUUUUCGAGAUGAAGGGUUGUAGCAGACUCUGGAAAUUUUGCAAAUAUAUCAUCAAGCUGAGCUUUAGCCUGAAGAGUUUUUGGGACAGCUCACACACUUGCACGCACACACACUACUUUAGUUGCAGUGUUGGCAAUCUUGCUAUGUCUAAUUUUCUGCAAUAUCAAUUGAACUAGAGACAGCAAGUUCACUAGUUACAAAUGAGGUUUAAUUUUUAAUGGUUAUGUCUGUAUUACUGUUUUAUCCGCGUAUUUAUGACUCUUGGAUAAUGAGAUAUUGUAGAGCUGGUUUUCCCUUACAUUAUUUAUGUAAUGAGUUUUUUAUUUCUUCAUUUUCUUUUUAAUAAACAUACCACAGAGACAUACAAUUUUUUUUAA